AUGGUGCCUGAAAUCGUUCAGCGGGUUUUGAACCCCAUUAUAAUCAUCACUACAAGAUCAUACUUCUUCUUCGUUUGUUUAAUCUUCAACUUGUACAACUGGUUCAAGCCUCGCGAGAGUGUCGCUAAACCCACUGAUGAUCUCUUACUUAUAAGCGCUACUCAAGCCGUUGGCAUGAUCGCUGAACGAAAAAUACAAUCUGCUGAUUUGGUCGAAGCAUACAUUCGCCGAAUCGAACAAGUUAAUCCAAUGAUCAAUGCUGUUUGCCUCAGCAACUUCGAAGAAGCACGAGAUGCCGCAAGAGACUUGGAUACAAGAAUAGCAGAUAUGGAUGAUGAUGAAUUACAUGAAUACGUUCAAAAUCAUCCUUUGGCUGGUGUGCCCUUCACCAUGAAAGAUGCCAUGGAAGUCGAUGGUAAAAUUAUUACCUGUGGUGUUUAUAACAGAAAAAACACUCGUUGUAAUCGUACUGCUGAAGUCGUCAAGAGAGUCCAAAAUGCCGGUGGAAUCUUAUUGGCUAUUACCAAUGUGCCUGAAGUUUGCAUGUGGGUUGAAUCCAAUAACACUGUGUAUGGACGUACUUCUAACCCAUACGACACUCGGAGAAUGGCAGGAGGUUCAAGUGGUGGUGAAGGAUCUUUGAUCGGAUCUGCUGGAAGUUUGAUCGGUGUUGGAAGUGAUAUCGGUGGUAGUAUUCGAAUGCCCUCGUUCUUCAACGGAAUUUUCGGUUUCAAAUCUACUCCAGGCGUUGUACCCUUGGAUGGCCAUAUUCCACCUCCAAGUGGCUACAGAACGAAAAUGCUCCGAGUUGGCCCCAUGUGUCGUUAUGCCGAAGACAUUUCUCUCUUUUUCAAAGUCAUGGGUGGUGAUGCCGUUCUUCCACUCAAACUUGAUGAGCCUGUUUCCAUGAGAAAGAUCAAAGUUUAUUACAUGGAGGGAAUCCAAGAGAACGCUUUCGUACAACCACUGAGUCGUGACAUGAAGAAAACUCUCAGAAAGGCCGUUCAAUAUUUGGAAACCAAGCAUGAUCUCAUCGCUCACCGGCUCUCGCUACCUCUAGCCAGACAUGCUAUCGAAUUCUUCUUGACCAGUAUGGAGAACAAGGGAGGUCCUACCAUGAAGCAAUACAUGUUGAGCACAGAGGCGGAUCAAGGAUCUGUAAACUGUCUUAUGGAGAUACCUAAGCUUCUUUUCGGAAAAUCCACUCACACCGUAGCCGGAAUUAUGUCUGGUAUACUUGAUGGAGCUGAUACAAUGAGUGAAGAAAUGAAGAAAGAGUUCUUCUACAAGCGCGAUCGUCUCAUUCGUGAACUCACUGAACUGCUUGGAAACGACGGUAUCUUACUGUUCCCCAGUUGGCCUUGUACUGCUCUGUUCCAUAAUCAACCUUUGCUCUCUCCCUUCAACUUUGCUUACACCGCUCUGUUCAAUUCGCUUGCUCUGCCUGUUGUCCAAUGUCCAAUGGGACUUGACAAGAAUGGACUUCCACUUGGAGUUCAAGUGGUAGCAGCACCACAAAUGGACCGCUUACUGAUAGCUGCUGCCAAAGAUUUGGAAGAAGGCUUUGGUGGCUGGGUACCUCCUGGAACUCGCCAUUUCUAA